GGCCCCCUCAAGGAUUGAACUCACAACCCUAGGUUUAGCAGGCCAAUGCUCAAACCACUGAGCUAUCCCUCCCACUAGACUGUCCUCUCAAUUUUGGCUACUAAAUAAAUAUUGCAAUAAAAUUCCUAAUUUCUAUCUGCUCAUGCUUCUUCAAUAUGAAAAUCUUUGGAACUAAAGGACAGUACCUAGCAAUCACUUCCACCUGACAGAACUACCUUUAAAACCAAACACCUCCAGGCAGUGCCAUGUGGCAGGAGCUGUAUUUUCAUCUUGCAUUUCAUAUUCAUCAAUCAGUAGAAACCCCGGAGCUCCAUGAUAGCCCCAGGCAAGACGGGCUCAAACGGGUAGCUUUUAUUCACCCCCCUCCAACCGCACCAACACUGGGAUCUGAACCCUUUGGAAGUUUUGCGAGGUUAAAGCCACCCUGCCCCGUCCACUACCGAUUUGCCCAGGACGGAGGCAAUCUAGGGUCCCUCCUCACGGCCCCAAAGGACCAUCCCUCGGGCUGGUUUUGCAAAGCCGCUGCGGACCAGCUGUGCAAUUGCAGCCCGAGUCCUGUCCCGGUGCGCGUUGCCCGCAGGCAGGGGCCAGGCUAGCUCUGCUGCACCUGCACGUGGGCCGGCGGCUGCAGCCCCGGGAGCCCGGCGCGUGAGGCGCUGGCCCAGCAGGGGUCACUGCUGCCUCAGCGCCUGGCGCUGCUAGGGCCGGGACAGGCCACCGGAGCAGCCGGGCGGAGGGAGGAGAAGCUGCGCCCGUAGCGCAGGAGCUCGAGCAGCCGCCCUGCUGCCUUGCCGGCCCCGGCCGCCACCAUCGCCCCUGGAGACGGACACAGCUGAGCUGCGGCCAGGGGCCGGCCCGGGAGAGCCGCAGGGCAGCGGAAGGAGCUUCUAACUCCCCGGCCUUGCUGAAGACUUUUGCAGGAUGCCCAGGGAGGAGAAGUUGUUUAGUGUUUAGCUCACCAUCUUUAUAGCAGCUGGAUACUCAGCUUUCCAAGAUCCAAGAAGUACCUGAACGCCUGCAUCUCCUGGGAUCGUUGUAUUGCAUUGGGACUGCUGAGAUGAAUACAUUUCUUGUUCAUUAGCGGUGGCAUUAAUUAAACGCGCAGCUUUUCCCCCUUCUGGAGGUUGGGGUCGCCUUUAUCUCUCGUUCCCGUUUCAGCCAGACAUCAAAGCAGUGAUGGGUUGUUUCUGUGCUGUCCCGGAGGAAUUUUAUUGUGAGGUUUUGCUUCUGGAUGAAUCCAAGUUGACCCUAACCACCCAGCAGCAGGGGAUAAAGAAGUCAACGAAAGGGUCGGUUGUCCUGGGCUACGUAUUCCGUCACUUAAACCUCGUGGAGAUAGAUUACUUUGGAUUGCGUUACUGUGACAGAAGUCAUCAGACGUACUGGCUGGAUCCUGCAAGGACCCUUGCAGAACACAAGGAAUUGAUAAACACUGGGCCACCAUAUACUCUAUAUUUUGGUGUUAAGUUCUACGCAGAAGAUCCAUGCAAACUUAAGGAAGAAAUAACCAGGUAUCAAUUUUUUUUGCAGGUGAAGCAAGAUGUUUUGCAAGGUCGCAUGCCCUGUCCCAUCAAUAUUGCAGCUCAGCUGGGAGCAUAUGCAAUUCAGUCUGAGCUGGGAGACUAUGACCCAUAUAAGCACACUGCAGGUUAUGUGUCAGAAUACCGAUUUGUUCCAGACCAGAAGGAAGAACUGGAAGAUGCAAUAGAACGGAUACACAAAACUCUGAUGGGUCAGGUUCCUGCUGAGGCAGAGCUGGAUUACUUAGGAGUGGCCAAAUCACUGGAAAUGUAUGGAGUAGAUCUCCAUCCUGUCUAUGGUGAAAACAAGUCUGAAUAUUUUUUAGGAUUAACACCUGUAGGAGUUGUUGUUUACAAGAAUAAAAAACAAGUAGGGAAGUAUUUCUGGCCUAGAAUUACAAAGGUUCACUUCAAGGAAAUGCAGUUUGAACUUAGAGUGCUGGGAAAAGAUUGCAAUGAAACAUCCUUCUUUUUUGAAGCACGUAACAAAACCACAUGCAAACAUCUUUGGAAAUGCUGUGUCGAGCACCAUACGUUCUUUAGAAUGCCAGAAAAUGAGUCAAGCUCUCAGUCAAGAAAAUUCAGCAAGUUUGGAUCCGUAGGCUAUAAACAUCGGUACAGUGGCAGGACAGCUUUGCAGAUGAGCAGAGAACUUUCUGUCCAGCUUCCUCGGCCUGACCAAAAUGUUGAAAGAAGUCGUAGUAAGACUUAUCCAAAAAGAAUGGCACAAACACAACAGACUGGAUCCAAAAGCAUAAAUCACGUUACUGCAAAUAUGGAAAAUGGGGAAAAAGAAGGAACCACUAAAAUUAUUGCACCUUCCCCAGUAAAAAGCUUUAAAAAGGCAAAAAGUGAAAAUAGUCCAGAAACCCAAAGAAGUAAAAUAAGUGCACCAUGGGAGGAAAAUGGCCCCCAGAGUGGACUGUAUAAUUCUUCCAAUGACUGCAAUAAAUCACCAAAGUUUCCUUACUCUCGACGACGGAACCCAUCAGGUGGCAGUGAAAAUGAAUCUGGGCAACAAGUUAGAAGAAGGAAAGCCCAGAACAGUGGUGAAGAUUCAGAUCUAAAGCAAAGGAGAAGGUCACGAUCUCGUUGUAAUACAAGCAGUGGUAGUGAGUCAGAAAAUUCUAAUCGGGAGCAUUGGAAGAAGAGAAACAGGUUACGGCAGGAGAAUGACAUGGUGGAUUCAGCUCCUCAAUGGGAAGCAGUACUGAGGCAACAAAAAGAGAAAAACCAGGCUGAUCCCAACUACAGGCGAUCCAGGCACAGAUCUCGAUCGAGAAGCCCAGAUGUACAAGCAAAGGAAGAGUUAUGGAAACAUAUUCAGAAGGAACUUGUGGAUCCAUCUGGCCUGUCUGAGGAGCAGCUGAAAGAGAUUCCAUACACCAAAAUAGAGACUCAAGGUGACCCAAUCCGUAUUAGACAUUCACAUUCCCCCCGAAGCUACCGGCAGUACCGGCGGUCCCAGUGUUCUGAUGGCGAGAGAUCUGUUCUGUCUGAAGUGAAUGCAAAAACAGACCUUGUGCCUCCAUUGCCUGUGACUCGUUCCUCAGAUGCUCAGGGUCCCAGCAUUCCAGCUUCACAACAGAGGCGAAAUGGGUCCAAAGAUAGCCUGAUAGAAGAAAAAUCUCAGAUAUCCACUAACAGCCUGGAUGGAAAACACACUGCAAAGACAAUAAAAACUGUAUAUGCAUCACGCCUCAAGAUAGAGACUUGAUUGCCAUAACUGAGGACGGUGAAUGGAUUCUGUUCCUUUGAAACUGGGAAUUACACAACAGUUCAGAUACUCUUUAGCUGUAAAAUAUUUCUUUGUCAUAAGGAAAGAAGAAAAAUGUAAACUGGAGUGGUGGUAAUUUUCUUAAAUUAAAAACUCCAACCUGCUUGCCCUGAAGGGCGAUCACUGUUUUCAUCACUGGUUCCAAUUACAGUUGCUUACUUGAUUGCAAAGAAGUUGACUGGUUAGACAGUUGGAAGGAAAAGUGUUAAUACAAUUCAACAAUUGCCAGAUACUAUAUUUUCAAAAGAGGAACAGAGGAAUUGUCAUGACAGAUCAGACCUUGGUCUAAUUAAUUCAGUUGCCUGUCUCCAAGAGGCCAAGACCAGAUGCUUUAGAGGAAGCAGUAAAGCCUUCAUAAUAUUCUUGGCCAAUUGUGCAAUACUAUAUAAUAGUGAGGAAAUCUCUUCCUGACUCCAUCUGAUGAUCAGCUUUAUACCCUGAAACAUAAUAGCUCUUAUGUUUAUUUUAGCCUAAUGCAACUGCAGACACUGUUCUUGUUCAUAUAAAUGUUGAAUCCAUGUUUAGAUAAUUGCCACAAUCUUAUCUUGUGGCACUGAGUGUCAUGUAAAAAUGGAUUUCCUUUCACCAAUUUUAAAUGUGUUGCCUUUUAAUUUUAAAUAUCCUCUUGUAUUGAGACAGUACUUGAUUAGCCUUCUCUGUACUAUUGACUAUUUUAUAUACCCCUACCACAUAUCCUCUUAAUUUUGGCCCUUGAAAACUACAGUGAAAAAUGUCUUGAAUGGCCCAAAGGCCAGUGUAAUAAGAUUGCCUAGUACACACAGACUAUAAAUGCUGGCUGGACAAAAUUGUACUAUAAAUCUUGGAAACACUUCAAAGUGGCUACCUAAGAUGGGGUUGGCUAACAGAGUUGGUUCUUUGGCGCAGGUUUCAUUGACCUAGUCUUUUUAAGCUCUUCUCGUAUGAAAUCCCCCAAUAAUUUGAAUCAUUUGCAGUGCCCUUCUCUGGACCGUUUCUUCUGCUCACUCAUUUCUGAGAUGAGAUGACCAAAACUGAAUGCAAUAUGCAAAGUGAAGACAAUAUCACUGAAUUAUCUAGUGGCAUCUUUUACUCUAUAUUCCCUUUGUAAAACAGUGUAACAUCUUGCUUUUUUUGACUGCUGUUGCACAUUAAGCAUAUUAUCUUCAAUGAGCUGUUCUCACUGAUGCCUGGAUCUUCUGCUAGCAGGUUACGUCUAAUUUAGAAUCCAUCAUUGAUUCUUUGAAUGUGCUUUACCUUGCACUUGUCUACAUUGAAUUUCAUCUACUAUUGUGCUAACCAGUUUCCUGUGUCAGCUAGGCUGUUAUGGAGUCAAGCAAAAUCCUGCCCAGGCCUGUAAGUAAUUUUGCACUGAGUAUAUAUUUGCCACCCCACUAACAACAGUCUGGCAGAGGUUGACUAACCACAUUGUACACUACUUGUUCUUCUACAGUUUGCUCAGACAGUCUACUCUUCCAUACUGAUAAGUGGCUAUUUAGCCCUACCUUUCUAUGCUAUUGUUUAAAUCAGUUUUUAAUCUAUAACAGGCCUUUACCUCUUAUCCUGCACUUACCAAAUUUCCUCAAGCGCCUCUUGAGAGGGACUUCAUAAGAAGGCUUGGGAAAGACUAACUUUAAUCUGUCAAGAGACAAGGCGGAUGAGGUAAUAUCUUUUAUUGGACUAACUUCUGUUGGUGAAAGAGAUGAGUUUUUGAGGUACAAAAAGAAAAGGAGUACUUGUGGCACCUUAGAGACUAACCAGGUGCCACAAGUACUCCUUUUCUUUUUGCGAAUACAGACUAACAUGGCUGCUACUCUGAAACCUGAGGUACAAAGACUCCCAUAGUAUGUCCUCUCCAUUCACCAAAAGGAGAGUGAGUGGUGCAUCAUGGGAAAUAUAGUCCAGCCAGAAAGCCUGCCACAGAGGACAAUGGGAGUACAAGGCCCCUAAACUACAAUUCCUGGUGCAAUGCAUUGUGGCAUCAGUUUGAAUUAGAAAUGUUAUAAUCUUUUAGCAAAAUAUUUUGGCCAAAAAUGGAAACUUUCAGGGGCCAGGGGGGAAGGGAAGAGAAGAUCCUCUUUUCUGACCAGAUUUAAUAUUUGUAGAUUCUUAAUUCUUAGUUCCUUUAGAAUGAUUAAUGCCAUCCAGUGCAAUAUUGUUUGUACUGUGUCAAUCCUAAUGAGGAUCAGAUUCACUCUGUGGUAAGUACUAUACCAUCACACAAUCACUACUCCCAUAGAAUUUCAAUCAAAUCUGCUACUAAUUUUUCCCCAGUAUUUCUAUAUUUGACAUUGCUUCACCUUCACUCCCUGUGAACAGUAAUCCCGGGAUAAAUAUUACCAGUCCCCAGUAUUUUUUUGCAAGUGCAAAAUAACAAAAAAAUUAAACAAAAAACAGCCUGUAAAAUAAAAAUGGAAAAUCCCGCAGCGGUUUUAACUGUCCUGUGGGACUGGACCCAGCCCUCCCACUCUGGGCGUUGUGACCUGUGGUUUGACUCUCUGCCAUUUGGCUCAGUUGCUGCCCUCUUGCCCCCCACUAUCAGAGGGGCAGCCAGGCCAAACCUAAGUGGUGAUGUGACCUUAAGUGCCAGGGCACAAUGCCCAGAGCAGAGCUUGGCCCACCCCAGAGGAAAGGAGCCGCCGGCUGCAUGCAGGGCGGGCUCACUCUGCAAUCUCUCUUCCCCCCCCCCCCCCAGGCUUCCCACAGUAAAAUGAAAUUCCCCCAAAACCCUGCAAAGUUAUAAAAAUAAUAAUUCACAGGGCUCUAAAUAUUCUCUCUUCCUUUGUAGUGAAGACUAAUAUAAAAGCACGAUUUAGUUCCCCUGCAGUUUCCUUAUGCUUUUUGAACCUCAUUUAGACUGGCAGUCACAUAGAAUUGGGCUAAAAAGUUUUUAAACGUGGCUCAGCUUUGUUUACACUGCCUGGUCCAACUGUUUUUAUUUGGUCCAGCUGUUUUUAAAGGCUGUUUAACAAGAUCUCUCACUGUUGCAAUCUGCUUCUUUGGCAAUACAGAUGGAGACAGUCAUUGUUCUGUUUUACAUUCUGAUGGCCUACAGGACCCAAUACCACUGUCAGCAUACUACUUUUCUGAUGAAUCAAAUAACUACAUUAUAAAAAAAUCCCCCUUCUUGAAGUUUUGUGUCAUAGUACCACCUCUUAGAAUGCUCCAAGGAUAUCAAAAUUAUGUUAUGACUAACCCUACUUAAUCCUGAGUAACACACAGGAAUUAAUUCAGGAAUGUACUGUAAAUCAAGGUACACCUCGCCUCUUGUUUGUUCAAGAAUAAGCUGUUCCAAGGAGCAAUUCUCCACAACGUGUUUGCAGUGAUGUUUAUUCAUUGCCCAUUAUUACUGGUAUUUUGUUACUUCCCUGACGUUUCUCAACAUUCUGACUUCUUUACUGAGAUAUAGUCUGGUAAAACAUCCCUAUUACUAUACAGUACUUGUACUUUUAUGACCUGAAUUUUGUAUCUGCACACAUUUCACAUCCUGGCACUCUUCACAGUCUAUGGAAUUCUGUGUGUACAAAGCUAUUCCCACACAUUUGACCUACUCUCUCUUUCUUGUCUAGUGUAAUUUAUGGGUUUUGUAUAGUUUCUAAGCACUCACAGCAAGAAAUUGUGGUAUUUCAUUUAUUCUACUACGUGUCAGAAAUGCUAGGCUGUCUGCCUCUGCUAUUUUUUCAUUUAUGCUUCUUGGUAGUUGUAGUCUCAUUUAUAAGGUGUGCAUAUUAUUAUGUACCUCAUUUUUGACUGAAGAUUGUUUCAACUGUACUUCUAAUGUACCUAACAGGUUUUAAUGUGUACCAUGUUUACUUCUCAUUAGCUGCCAUCUUAGUCAUAGCUUGUUUUAAAUAAUCCUUUAAAACCUAGCUAACUUUAUGUGCUGGCAGUCUUCUUCCUUUUGGAUAAAGAGGAAAUUACAGUUAGUAUGCCACUCUGUAUAUCCAUGUAGCUCUUAUUCAGAUUCUUAAUCUGCAACUCUUAUUUAGGCUAAUCUCUUUGUAUUGUUGGGCUCUUGGCCCCAAAAACAUUACAUCAUUUUUUCUGUUCAAUAUCCAAACAAGCCAACCAUCUCUGUACAGUUGAACUCAGAUGCAAAUCAAGAUGGAGUGAAUUUUAAUUCCUUCAUGAUUUCAGGACAACUUUUACUAUAAAGCUAAUGAUAAAGAUGGCUGUUUUAAAAUACAUGCAAGAUCUCAGAUCAAACUGUGAAGUAUAUACUGUAUGUAUACAAAGUUAAAAAUUAUCCAUGAAACAGCUGUGUGCUUUAUUUUAAAUUGAGUUGAUAGGUGGCAGUGUCAAAACUUAUGUCCAGGUUAUUUAAAAUCAAGUAAACCUGUUAACUUUUAUGGUAAAUUUUGUGCUUGCAUGUUGCGUAUAUUAUUUGCACUACAUGAGAAGAAAAUCACUGACUAAUUUUGAUGGUAACAUCUGUGUAAUGCCAACUAAAAAUCAACUUGGGGAUAUAACUUCACCAGAGAAAAUGUAUUCCAUAGUAGCUGAAAGUGGUGCCAGUAAAUGUUUUUACACUCUUAGAAUGAAGUUUCCAUUGCUUAAACAGCAUCGAACUAUCUUCCCAAUGCAGAAAGAAUGGUCUAAAAUAUAUGUGAUUUUUCAUAAAUCAAGCUGCUUGGCUUUCUUUGGUAAAUCAAGGACAUAUCUCCUUAAGACUC